UUGUGGACAGUCCGCCGACGUAAACAUUACACGAUAUGGCUGUACAAGGUGUAGGUUAUGUCUGUGAUAAGUGAUAAAUAUUUAAAUUUGUGGAUUUAUGGCAGUAAUCUGUGUAUAAUAAUAUAACGUCAAUUACUUUAUAGAGAUGCAAUAAUACAUUUUGAAAAUUAUUAUAUAUUAAAUUUAAUCAUUUAUUUAAAACUGGAGACAGUGAAAAUGGCUACAGCUGAAACUCAAGAUCUCUCUACGCCUGAAGAUAUUAAAAAAGCGUAUGAUGAUUUGACGAAAGAAGAGGAGGAUUGCAAGAAAGAACUUGACUUACUUCUCUCUCGUCACUGUCAGCUGGAUGCUAAAGUACGAGGCAUCACCAAAGUAUUGCCCAAUCUACAGGUCGUUCAUUCCGACUCGUUGCAACUUGCUGAAAUGCUGACCUUCAUAUCUACACUGGCCGAGAAUGUCAGUGCAAAAGUGCGCCAGUUGGACAAUGCAAGGAGUCGAGUGUCUGAAUGCCAGCAGAGAGUACACGAUCUGCUCGACCUACAGUUGUGUUCAGAUGGAGUAACAGCAGCACUUGCGAGUGACGAUUAUGAGAAAGCAGCAGCACAUGUUCAUCGCUUCCUGACCAUGGAUCAGAGUCAACUAGAACAGACUGCCGAUGAUAUGCAGCAAGAUUGCGCCACAGUGAGCAAUUCUCUGUCACUCCUGCGUACCGCAGCUGGUCAGCUCCAGAACAUUAUCACCCUGAGGUUCAACGAAGCCGUCACUGCAGACGACCUGGCUUCCGUAGAACGAUUCUUUAAACUCUUUCCUUUGCUCAACAUGCACGAUUAUGGCCUGGAGAAAUUCUCAGCCUUCUUGUGCUCCAAGCUGAAAGUGACGGCUCUCAAGAACUUGCAGAACGCCCAGAAGACUACCACCUCAGACAAGAGAGCCAACGUUAUCUACGCUGACACCCUGACAUUGCUGUUUGAAGAGAUCGCAAGGGUGGUCGAGAUACAUCAACCACUUGUGGAAACCUACUAUGGGUUUGGGAAACUACACAAGGUGGUCUCGCUGCUACAGCAGGAGUGUGACAGGCAGAGUCGACUGGUCUUGACGGAGUUCGGCAAGCAGAGGCUGCUAGAACGGCGAGUAGCACUGAUACACGAGCUGGAGCGCAGCACAGCCCAGCCUGCUACCACUGCUACCGGUAUUGUGGAUCCUCGGGAAGUAGACCAACUGCUGGGAGAAAUCACUAUCAUGCACUCCCGCUACCAUCUCUACCUGCGGUUCAUCAGGCGACGGGUCACUAAUGACUUGGAAGUAGGUGUGACUGAUAUGGCGGCACGCACAGAGCACCAGGAUAAGCUUGAGAAGAUGAUCCAGGACAGUGAGCUGUGCAGGAGGAUGCAGGAGCUACUGAGCAUCUACUUACAGCUGGAGAGAUUCUACAUGUUCCAGAGUGUCAACAAGGCCGUGGCCAUGGACUCUGUGGAGGCUGGUUCCAACGUAUCCAGCAUGGUUGAUGACAUCUUCUUUAUCGUCAGGAAAUGCAUUAGGCGGGCAGCAUCUACUGGUAACCUGGAUGGGGUUUGCGCAGUGAUCAACAAUGCCUGUGCCGCGCUCGAGACAGAGGUGUGUCCCGCACUCAAGCAGCAGCUGCGACUUGGUUACCCCAGUGGUUACCUGGAUCUGACACAGGCUUACAAUGUGAUGAUACAGGGCCGACUACAGCCCUCGGACUCGGAGCAGGCUCGUAACACUUUCCUCGUUUAUCUGAAUAAUGCGGACGUUAGCUGCGAGUACGUGACAACGUUAUGUCGAGGAUUGUGCCAGGAGAUCCCAGUCAACUCGCAGCAGGAACGAGCCAAGCUGGACAGUUGUCUGGCAGGUCUGGGCACAGUGACGGCAUCUAUGGGUGCCAUCGUGGACUACGGACUGCAGCAGUUGCGUGUGUCUGCCAUCAAACCGAGGGUGGCCCCAUGGGUCGACACCUUCCUCUCACUCAGCCACCAUCUCACAGAGGAAGAGUUUUCGAGCUACGAAGCCAACGAACCAUUUAUCCGUAACCUUAUCGCCAACCUGGACAGUCUGUUGUCGGAGUUCAAGAAAACGCUGACGCCGGCAAACUGUGACGCUCUAGUAGGCAUUCUGGUCUCGGAGGUCACCAGCCAAAUGGAGAAAGUAAUUUCCAAAUCAGAAUUUAACAGGCUGGGAGGCCUUGCACUUGACAAGGAGGUGCGCUCACUGGUAAGCUACCUGAACAGUGCAACUUCAUGGUCAGUGAGAGACAAGUGCGCUCGACUAACACAGAUCACCACCGUACUCAAUCUGGAGCGAGUGGCUGAGAUCUCUGACUACUGGGGGGUCGAGGCCGGAGCCAUGCCUUGGAGGCUAACGGCUAAUGAGGUCAAACAGUUCAUGGCUCUUAGGACUGAUUUCCGGAGUGAAGAUAUCAGAAGAUUGAAGCUUUAGAUUAUAGGUUAUUGUUCAAAUCGUUGAAUUUUAUAAAUUGUUAUUUUUUGAAUCAAUUAAAAGUUGUUUU